AUGCCUCCUAUAUCAGACCCCUCGAGGCGCUCCGGGCACUCCGAGCAGCGGAUCCGACCGUACAUCCCCCUCCCCAUACUUCUCCUCACAUCUCUCAUCCCCCUCCUGGGAUUAUUAUUCCCUUAUUUCUCGACCCAGCCGAUUGCCCGUUUCUCCACAUACAUCCCGUCGGCUCAUGAUGGUCAUCCAAAGGCAUUGAUACUUACUGCUCAUCCGGAUGACGAAGUGAUGUUCUUUUCACCUACUAUCUUAUCACUAGUGUCAGAAGGAUGGACGGUUAGUGGAUUAUGUCUAUCGACAGGUAACUCAUCGGGUCUGGGGGUCAUACGUACAGAAGAAUUAUACGGGAGCUACCAAGUCUUAGGAGUUGAACGUAAAAAUGUGAAAGUUAUCGAUCAUCGUGAUUUGCAAGAUUCCUUGACUGCUCAUUGGGAUCCACAUCUGAUAUCAGAUAUUUUGCUAGAUCAUCUGAAUGAUCAUCCAGCAGAUCUGACAGUAACCUUCGACGAGAUUGGAAUCACCCAUCAUCCCAACCACAUUUCUCUCUCUCAAGCUUUAGCUCUCCUACAAACUCACACUCAGCCUAGUCCUAAAAUAAUACACUUAAAAUCACCUGGGGUGAUCCCGAAAUUCACUGGACCCCUAUAUCCCAUUUACCUCAACUUACAAAAAAUCCUUUAUCAUAUACUCAAGUCCGAUGCGCAGAAAGAGGGGCAAGAGGAGAAGGGGUUGGUCGUUGUUUCAUCUCCUGCUCAAUGGGUACAGAGUAUACAAGCUAUGAUGGCCCACCGUACGCAACUAGUAUGGUUUAGGUGGUUGUAUCUCGCUGCGUCAAGGUUGAUGUGGGUUAAUGAGUUGAUAGAGAUAUGA